AUGUUAUUGGAAUCUGUGGAUGUAUCCACCCAUGUCAAGACUGGAACCCUAUUAUAUGAGUUGCUUGAUAGAUUUGUAGAACGUGUGGGAGAGAAAAAUGCCGUGCAAGUGAUUACAGACAAUGGAAGCAAUUAUGUUUUAGCUGGUAAGCUUCUACAAGCAAAAAGACCGAAUUUGUUUUGGACUCCAUGUGCCGCUCAUUGCAUUGAUUUGAUGCUAGAGGAUAUUGGCAAAAUUGAGGUGGUUUGGAAGAUUAUUUCUAGAGAAAUUGCUCUUGUUGGUUUCAUUUACAAUCAUGGAGGUGUUUUGCACAUCAUGAGAGAAUUUACUAGAAACAAAAAGCUAGCAAGACAUGGAGUCACCCGUUUUGCUACUACAUUUUUCACUUUGCAAAGCCUCCACAAACGACAAAAGGCUUUGAAGAGAAUGUUCUUAUCAACACAGUGGAUAUAA